AUGCAGCAGCCUGACUGGAGCCAGGAAGACUGCUCUGCGGCGCUGGCACCGCAGAGUAUCCGGCAUAGCAUCUCGUACUCCAACCUGAACGGCCAGGAGCAGGUGCACGAAUCCAAGGUGACUUGUUCUGGCGACAAUUGCGAGACCAUGUCCAACGACGUCUUGCCUCAGAUCAUUCGGGUGAGGCCCCUGGAGCCCAAAACUUCCGCGCCACACCGCAUGUGCGCAGGCUCGCCGCGGCUCAUUUGGGACGGCCUGGACACCUUGGCGAGCCGAGUGGUGAGUUCGACUCGCCGCCUCUUCGGCUACACGGCGGCCGAGCCGGCGGCCGACCACGCGGCGCAGGCGCACGCGGCGGCGCCCGACCUGCGCUUCGGACGCAGCGAAGGCAUCAUGAAGUCUUACAGCUACUUCAAUACCAACGGCCAUGAAGAGAUGAAGCAGGUGGAGUCCCACUGCAAGGAUGGCACCUGCGUGCAGAGGAGCCGAACCUUCUCCCCGCAGAAUCUGGCGCCCCACGCGAAUCCGCCGCAGCCGGCGCCGCAUCAUCCGGCGCCGCAGCCGGCGCCGCACCGGGCGCGGCAUUUCCAGCCGCAGGAGAUGCCGUACGAGGCCUAA